CGGCGGGCGGGGCGCGGUGGCGGGACGGCGGGCGGCAGCGGAGCGGUGCCCGGCGCGCGCAGCCUGCGGCCUCCCGCGCAGCGCCCCGCGCGGGCCCGCGAUGAGCAUGAGGCCCGGCCCGGCCCCGGCGACCGCAGCGUCCGCGCCCAGCACCGCCCCGACCCGCGCCCGAGCCCUGCAGAUGCUGAGAAAUGGCCAAUGAGAAUCACGGCAGCCCCAGGGAGGAAGCAUCUCUGAUGAGUCACUCACCUGGCACUUCCAACCAGAACCAGCCCAGUUCCCCCAAGCCCAUCCGACUGGUGCAGGACCUGCCCGAUGAGCUGGUGCAGGCGGGCUGGGAGAAGUGCUGGAGCAAACGGGAGAAUCGCCCUUAUUACUUCAACCGCUUCACUAACCAGUCGCUGUGGGAAAUGCCUGUCCUGGGACAGCACGAUGUCAUAUCGGACCCUCUGGGAUUGAACGCAGCUCCCAUGCCUCUAGAAGGAGCAGGAGUGGUGGAGAGCACUGCGGAGAGCAAGCAGAGGAAGAGGAGAUUCUCUGAGGAAGUUCAGCCUAGUGGUAACAGCAUAAAAAAAGCUAAGGUCGAUGUUCCAGGGACCCCUUCUGCGCAGCCAGUCCCCAGCUCUCCCAGCAUUCCGGGCACCUCUGUUGUAAAGUUAUGGUGCGUUUCCCCUGAAGAUAAACAACAGGCAGCUCUUCUGCGACCAACCGAAGUGUAUUGGGACCUGGACAUCCAGACAAACGCAGUGAUUAAGCAGAGGGCACCUUCUGAAGUGCUACCUCCGCACCCUGAAGUGGAGCUGCUUCGGUCCCAGCUGAUGCUGAAACUGCGACAGCAUUACCGGGAGCUGUGCCAGCAGCGAGAGGGGAUUGACCCCCCACGGGAAUCGUUUAAUCGCUGGAUGUUGGAGCGGAAAGUGGUGGACAAAGGGACAGACCCUCUGUUACCGAGUGACUGCGAACCUGUAGUCUCUCCCUCCAUGUUUAGAGAAAUCAUGAAUGACAUUCCCAUCAGAUUAUCCCGAAUCAAGUUCCGGGAGGAAGCCAAGCGACUGCUCUUCAAGUAUGCGGAGGCUGCAAAACGGCUUAUUGAAUCCAGGAGUGCAUCACCUGACAGCAGAAAAGUGGUGAAGUGGAACGUGGAGGACACCUUCAGCUGGCUGCGGCGGGACCACUCGGCCUCUAAGGAGGACUACAUGGACCGCCUGGAGCACCUGCGUAAGCAGUGUGGGCCCCACGUGUCGGCUGCAGCGAAGGACUCGGUCGAAGGCAUCUGCAGUAAGAUUUACUACAUCUCACUCGAGUACGUCAAGCGAAUCCGGGAGAAGCACCUCGCCAUUCUCAAAGAGAACAAUAUCUCCGCUGAAGUAGAAGCUCCAGAGGUCCAGGACCGGCUUGUAUACUGUUACCCCGUGAGACUGGCCAUCCCUUCCCCACCACUCCCCAGCGUAGAGAUGCACAUGGAGAACAACGUGGCCUGUGUGCGAUACAAGGGGGAGAUGGUGAAAGUGAGCCGCAACUUCUUCAGCAAGUUGUGGCUCCUCUAUCGGUACAGUUGCAUUGAUGAUUCUGGCUUUGAGAAGUUUCUGCCCAGGGUAUGGUGCCUGCUCCGUCGAUAUCAGAUGAUGUUUGGUGUCGGCCUGUAUGAAGGAACUGGCCUGCAGGGGGCGCUCCCAGUGCAUGUCUUCGAAGCCCUCCACAAGCUGUUUGGAGUGAGUUUUGAAUGCUUUGCCUCGCCCCUGAACUGCUAUUUCAAACAGUUCUGUUCGGCCUUCCUGGACACAGACGGGUAUUUUGGAUCCAGGGGCCCAUGCCUGGAUUUUUCCCCCAUAAGUGGCUCUUUCGAGGCAAAUCCACCAUUCUGUGAGGAGCUGAUGGAUGCCAUGGUCUCUCAUUUUGAGAAACUGCUGGAGAGCUCCAGUGAGCCUCUGUCCUUCAUUGUCUUCAUCCCCGAAUGGAGGGACCCUCCGACACCAGCCCUGACCCGGAUGGAGCAGAGCAAGUUCAAGCGGCACCAGCUUAUCCUGCCAGCCUUCGAUCACGAAUAUCGCAGCGGGUCUCAGCACAUCUGCAAAAAAGAGGAGAUGUACUACAAAGCCGUGCACAACACCGCUGUCCUCUUCCUGCAGAACAAUGCAGGCUUCACCAAGUGGGAGCCCACACCUGACCGGCUGCAGGAGCUCAUCACAGCCUACAAGCACUCAGGACGGACCCUCAGUUCCUCGGGCUCCUCCUCUUCCUCCUGCUCCUCUUCCUCCUCCACAUUGUCCUCCACAGCAGACAAGGACCGGGAGACAGGCCGAGAGCAGAGCAGCAGCCGGGAGACCCCCAACUAAACUGUGGAGGGUGGGGUCAGAGGCAGAGGGGGCAGAGGCCCCUGCACCCCCAAGGAGAGGCUGGACGUGACAGACAGGUGGAGAGACUGUUGACCCAUAGCCCCAGGACCAGGGGGACUCUGGGCAGCUCCACACUGCUUGCUUUCCUCUGUGCACUUGCAAGUCUGCAUCCCUCAGGAGGCCAGGGGACUCCCCAGCCUCCUGCCCGGGAAGGGAAUCGGCAGCUGCCCUCGCAGAGGGACAGCAAGACCCGACGUAGCAAGAGUAGGACAAGUCUGCGGCCCCUUCAAACACUACAGCUCGGCAGAGGAGGCAGCUGGAGCUGGGGCGUGAGCAUGGAGGGCAGGACAGGCAGCCUGAGGGGCAGCGCCGUAGCCUGGAGGGAGCCAGGUAGGGGUUUCCCCGCGGGGAGCAGGCAGGGUUCAGCAGCUCGUCCUGCGGCCCCAGCACCAGCACAGCUCCGUGUCCAUAGUGUAAAUAGUUCUGCCCGCGGCGCCCCUGCUCCCUGCAGGGGGCAUUCCCAUAGCAUCCGUGUUCCUGCCCCACGUGUAUGAGUCCCGUGUGCGCCGAUGCUGUUUGCCGUAUUGAAGCAAAGCGGAGAAAAGGAGUUUCUCUAUUGUAAAGAGGUCUUUGCCGCUGUUUUGUAGCCGUUGUGGUUUUUACCUGGAGCUGCUGGGCUCCGUUUCACCUCUGUGGGUUUUGUUUUGUAAGGAUUAAUUUAACACCGCUAACCAUUUUAUUACUUUUAUCCAAGAGAAGCCAAGUAAAGUCUAUUUUUGAUUUCCCUUUCCUAGUUCUUAGGAACAUUAAACCAGCAUUUCCGCUCCCCA